UCCAUUGGGCAUCCAACAAAAGGUCACAUCUUUGACGCUCUACUCCGUGAUUAAAGAGUGUCUCACAGAGUAUGGCCGCACCAGAUGUCCUGGUCACAGGAGCCUGUGGACAUCUCGGCUACGCGCUGAUGCGUUCGCUUCCAGACUACGGCUACAGCCCCAUUGGAGUAGACAUACUUCCAUCAAGCGGCGAACAGCACCAUACAAUUACCGGCUCAAUCUCAGACUCGGAGUUUUGCAAAGAUAUCUUCCAGACAUAUCCAAGUCUUCGAUAUGUAUUGCACACAGCCACUCUGCACAAACCUCACGUCGGUUCUCAUUCAAAGACUGACUUCAUCGACACGAACAUUCGCGGUACCUUGAAUUUGUUGGAAGCUGCAUCUAGCAAAUCACCUCAGAUAGAGGCUUUCAUCUUUACAAGCACAACGUCGACUUUUGGCAAGGCUCUUGCACCGAAGAAGGGCGAGCCAGCAGCAUGGAUCGACGAACAAGUGACUCCGGUCCCAAAGAAUAUCUACGGCACGACCAAGGUGGCUGCCGAAGACUUGUGUCAGCUCAUACAGGCAGAAACGAGGAUGCCUACGAUCGUCCUACGCACGUCGCGGUUCUUUCCUGAAGAAGACGACAAUGAUGCAGCUAGGGAGGAGUUUGAGGAUGACAAUCUCAAGGUGUGCGAGCUACUGUAUCGUCGUGUGGACAUUCAGGAUGUGGUAACGGCGCAUGUUUGUGCCAUGUGCGAAGCCAGGAAGAUUGGUUGGGCAAAGUACAUCAUUAGUGCUCCGCCGCCCUUUACGAAUAGUCCAUCGCUUUUGAAGCAAUUGGACACCGAUGCUGCUGAGGCUAUCCAGCGGGCGCGUCCAGAAGAAGUCGAGAUUCUGCUUGAACGUGGAUGGAAAUUGCCUCGACGAUUGGACCGAGUCUAUGAUCCUAGUAAGGCGAUGAAUGAGUUGAAUUGGAUGCCAAUGUACACAUUCGAGCGAGCUCUUGCUCAGAUCAAGGACGGCCGAGAAUGGCGGAGUCCUUUGACUCUGCAGACAGGAAAGCGUGGUUAUCAUGCAACUCCCACGGGGGUCUAUACAAGAUAGAGUAAAUCACUACACUCACAUGCAUGACACGGUGCUGUCGAUGCGCCCUUCAAUAUCUCCUGGAGAAAGUUUCUUUUGACUUAUAGUGUUAUGGAUCCCGCACCGUGCCGCUCGAAUACUGGUAU